UCAUUGGGCCCCUUCACAAAACAUUAGUUUCGUCUGAAUUUUGGAGACAGGAGACGCUGGGAAUAACUUACCAGGAUUCAGUUCAGUUUAGUCUCAUUCCUGCUACAGUAUGUGUGCUUUCAGUAUCACACGCUGAACAAAACUGCUUGGAGUAGGUCAUUGAUCUUAUAAGGCAAACAAGAAAAAACCUUUAAAACUUCUGCACCAGAAUUACGAACAGAUUGUGGAAUAUAAUGCUCUCAGUCAUCUAUCUGGAUGUGUGUAAUGUAGAUUCUGUUAACAUGGCUUUGAGAAACAGAAACUGCCAAGUGCUCUUUAUCAUGGAGAAAGUCAAUGGGUCUCCCUGAUUUUUUUUUCUCUCUGAUGCACGCCUGGAAAAAUCUGUAACUGGAUUGUGAUGACAUGUCUUUAGCUAAUAAGAAAAGAAGCUGGGAAGAUCAUGUGACCAAUUGGCCUGGCUUUUCAUUUGAUUCUGUUGAUUCUGGUGCAGUCUGUUGUCAUGGACUUGUGGCUGAUAAUCUAAAACCAAGUAUGGAAAGCAAUGAAAUAUCAAAAGCAGACAAGAAGGAAAGAUUUUCCAGUAUUUCUUUACCAGAAUGUUGUCGUAACUCUAAUCUAUCUGCCCUUCAAUCAAAGCAACUGUGCGACCAUAGAAGAGAAGUGGAUGAAAAUGAUAAUCAUGAAAGUGAGGAUUACAUUCUGCCAUUAGAAGCAAGCACAGAGACUCUAGUCCAUGUAUCUGAUGAAAACUCAGAUCUCAGUUGUGAGGAAAAUUAUGUUGCAGGAGAACUUCAGCCCUCAAGGUAUGAACGGGUGCCUUUUGAAGUAUCACCAUUAGAAGAGAUCGAGCAAGUGACCAAGAAUAUAUCUGAAAAUUUUGGAAUAGAUAAUGACCCUGAUUAUGAUUCAGUUCCUGAAGAGGAGGAAAAGGGCGAUGAGAAAACAAGUGAUUCUGAACACCCAGAAUCUUCUGAGGAAUUAGAUCUGAGGGAUUUACCAAAGAAAGACCUGGAUAAGAGUUUGAACGUAAUUAUUCCAACAGAGGAGCUUCUCCACACUGCAGUAAUUGCACAGCAGCGUAGAAAACAUGACAUGCCAAGAGGUGAAUGUGAUGGGGAGGUUACUAAGAAUAUGGCUGAAUGUCUUGUAACUAAUGGUGAUGUACAAUCGACAUUAGAGGAUACCCAUGUGAAUUGUAUAAUUCCACCUCAGACAUGCUCAAGGGAGAGUUUGGCUCAAACCUUUCUGGAGGAAUUCAAUCUAGAUGUAGGACAAGCUGAAAAUGAUUCUGAUACCAGAAAUAAUACUACAAAUAUUUCAAAGCAGAGCUCCCAAAUAUUAAAUUUACAGGAAAAUACAAAUAAUGUUAACCCUGCAGAUUCCACCAUAAAACUCCGAAAGAGAAAGGAAAUGAGGGAAGAUCGAGAUCGAGCACGGCUGGAUUCCAUGGUGCUACUCAUUAUGAAACUGGACCAGCUUGACCAAGACAUUGAAAAUGCUCUCAGUGCAAACUCGUCUCCAUCCAGUACCCCGACUGUUAAGAGAAGACACAUUCCUGAGUUGGAGUCUGAUUCAGAGAAUGGAGCAGAUGUGAUUGCAAUCAGUCAAAACCAGAAGGUUCAUCCUGUCCACUCACCACUUGGAUCAACAUCCCCCAUGGCAGGUCCGGGGGCUAAACCAAAGGCUGGGGCAAUGCCGGUGAUAUCAGAAAAAGGGAAGGCUGAGAUUGAGGCCAAGGAGGCAUGUGAUUGGCUGCGGGCAACAGGGUUUCCCCAAUAUGCCCAGCUGUAUGAAGAUUCGCUGUUCCCCAUUGACAUUUCUUCAGUGAAGAGGGACCAUGACUUUCUGGACCGAGAUGCAAUUGAAUCUCUUUGCAGACGAUUGAACACCCUUAACAAGUGUGCUGUGAUGAAACUAGAAAUCAGCCCACAGAGAAAAAGAAAAAGAGUUCCAGUGGAAAGUGUUAGACAGAAAGAUUACUAUGAAAAGAAUUCCAAUAGUGAAGAUUCAGAUGAAGAUGAGCCUUGUGCUAUCAGUGGGAGAUGGACCUUCCAGCGGGACAGCAAACGAUGGUCACGGUUGGAGGAAUUUGAUGUUUUUUCACCAGCAGAGGUUACAAAUGGCAUUUCUGCUGAUGAAGCUUUGCUGAAGAAUGCAGUCAGUAAUGAGAGUGUACUAACUGAUCUAAGUGAACGGCAAGAAGUGACAUCAAUUCACAGUGCUAGCAGUACGGAAAGCAAUGGGGCAAACUUGCAGAAGAACGUAGAGGCCAAAAGGACAAAUUCCGAGAUCAGUGUGAUUUCCUCGGGGACAUCUAUUACCAAUGUUGAAUCAUUCGGUAUUCUCCCUUCGCCAAAGCACCUCUCUGGUUUUACUUUCAAUGUGAAAACUGAAAGGAACACAAAAUCCAAGGCCAAGAGCUUCUUGAAGAGGAUGGAAAGCCUGCGCAUUAAAAGCUCUCACAGCAAAAAGAAACUUCCUUCAAAAAAUAACCUGGUCAUCAGUGGACCUGUGCUCCAGGAAGGUAUUGAUGAGGAAAAAUUGAAACGCCUGAACUGUAUUGAGAUAACUGCACUCAAUGGCAAUCAUAUGAAUGCUCCCAUGGUACGAAACCAAACUGUUUCUUAUUCUACACAGACAAGUAGCAGCAGCAGUCAGUCAGAGACAAGUAGUGCAGUCAGCACACCUAGUCCUGUCACCAGAACUCGCAGCCACAGCACUUGCAACAAGCGAAGUGGGAUGUAUUUAGAAGGCUUUGACCCUUUUAGCCAAUCAAUGCUGAAUGACAUCAAGGAGCAGAACUUAAAGAAUGAGAAGGUUACAGAAGAAGACAUCAUUUUCUAUAUACCAGAGGAUCACAAGCCAGGCACCUUCCCUAAAGCACUUUCUAAUGGCAACUCUUGCCCCCCAGACAGCACUUCUAUAAACUGGAGAAAUGGAAGUUUUCAUGGACACAACCACCGUAGCCUUACCAGGGAGAGCAGUGCUGACAGCUCAAAAGAAUCUAGUUUUAGGCGGAGACGAAACUCGUGCAGCUCUUCAGGCAGUCGCCUUAGUAUCUAUGAUAAUGUACCAGGAUCCCACCUUUACUCCAGCACUGGUGAUCUGGCAGAUCUCGGGAAUGAGGAGGACAUUUUUCCAGAACUGGAUGACAUUCUGCACCAUGUCAAUGGACUACAAAGGAUUGUAAACCAGUGGUCAGAAAAGCUCUCUGAUGAGGGAGACUCAGAUUCAGCAAUGGAUUCUAUUUCUCCUUGCCCAUCAUCACCCAAACAAAUACACCUGGAUAUUGAAAAUGGCAGGGCCUCACCUAGUGAUGUUGACAGCACUGGGAACUCUCUUAAUGAGACAGAGGAUCAAUCAGUAAUCCGAGAAAGGAGGGACUCGGGUGUUGGUGCAUCACUGACAAGAUCUAACAGACGACAGAGAUUACGAUGGGGUAGUUUCCAGAUCUCUCAUAGACCAAGUUUAAAUUCAGCCUCACUGCAAAUCAACAGCCAAUCAGUGGCACAGAUGAACCUGCUGCAGAAAUUCUCUCUGCUGAAGCUUACUGCCCUAAUGGAGAAGUAUUCACCUUCGAACAAGCAUGGAUUUAACUGGACUGUGCCCAAGUUUAUGAAGAGGAUCAAGGUUCCAGACUACAAAGACCGGAACGUUUUUGGGGUUCCUCUGCUUGUGAAUGUCCAGCGCUCAGGGCAUCCCCUCCCUCAGAGUAUACAGCAGGCCAUGCGAUACCUCCGCAACCAGUGUCUGGACCAGGUUGGGUUAUUCCGGAAGUCUGGAGUUAAGUCUCGAAUCCAAGCCUUACGGCAGAUGAAUGAAACUUGUACAGAUAGCGUAAACUAUGAAGGCCAGUCUGCAUAUGACGUAGCAGACAUGCUUAAACAGUAUUUUAGAGAUCUGCCUGAGCCACUGAUGACCAGCAAACUCUCGGAAACAUUUCUCCAAAUCUACCAGUAUGUCCCAAAGGAUCAACGUCUCCAAGCAAUUCAGGCUGGCAUCAUGCUACUGCCUGAUGAGAAUCGUGAGGCUCUGCAGACUCUCCUUUAUUUCCUUAGUGAUGUUGCAGCUGUUGUGGAAGAAAACCAAAUGACACCUACAAACCUCGCAGUGUGCCUGGCCCCUUCACUGUUCCACCUCAAUACUCUCAAGAGAGAAAACUCCUCUCCCAGAGUGAUACAGAGGAAACAAAGUUUAGGCAAACCUGACCAGAAGGACCUGAAUGAAAACUUGGCUGCUACCCAAGGUCUGGCCCACAUGAUCGCUGAGUGCAAGAAGCUUUUCAAGAUUCCAGAGGAAAUGAUGAGCCAUUGCCGUAACUCCUACAUGGAACAGGAUUUGCAGCCAGUCAGUUUGGAGGAGCUGGGCCAAACCAGUCAGGGCGAAUCCUCUGACUUCCAAGCUCAUCUGCAGAACUGCAUCGAUAUUCUGCUGAAAGAGGCCAAAGACAAGUUUAAAGGCUGGGUCAACUGUUCAACAUCAGAAUUGGCAGAGCUGGCCUACAAAAAGGUUUGUGACGGACCACCUCUAAAACUGUGGAAGGCUUGCAUUGAGAUUCCUGUUGCACCAGAGGAUGUUCUGUGGCGGAUACUACGGGACCGUCAUCUCUGGGAUGACGACCUUCUUAGUUCAAAGAUCAUUGAAAAUUUGAAUAGUCAAACGGAUAUCUAUCAUUACGUGCAAAGCAGCAUGGCCCCACACCCGACCAGAGAUUAUGUGCUCAUAAGGACUUGGAGGACCAAUUUGCCCAAGGGGAGCUGUGCGUUGGUGGCCACCUCAGUGGAGCACAAUGAAACGCCUGUGGUUGGAGGAGUCCGAGCUAAUACUCUAACCUCAAGAUAUUUAAUAGAACCUUGUGGGUCAGGAAAAUCCAAGCUCACGUACUUGUGUAGAAUAGACACAAGGGGACGGAUGCCAGAAUGGUACAAUAAGGCAUUUGGACACUUGUGUGCAGCAGAAAUUGGUAGAAUACGAGACUCUUUUAAUGUUCCUGGCUCCGACAGUCAAGAAAGCAAGCAUUAGGACACUACUUCCAGUGAGUUAGUAUGUUAACUCUGAAGCACAGGGCUUCAAAGAGCAACCAUAUCCACUCCUGAGGAAACUGGUGGACCCAAAAAAAACACAUUUACAAUGAAGGCCUGCAAAUUCAGACCUUUUGAAUGAAUUAUUUUAUUUUUAAUAGAAUUCCUAAUUAUGACUGUAGCAAUAUACUUUUAAAAAGCUGCUUAAUUCAUACACGAGGGCUGUCAUAUAGGCCUUUACUGGAAUACUUGGAUGGGACUAGUGGCUCUUUGAAAAAGUGAUGUGCAAAAAUGUACUUGCUUGUUUAGGGGCCACAAUUGCUUCUAUGAAGCAUCGAGCAAUUUGUGUAAUAUAAAUCAUGUUAUGUUAAAGAAUAACUUGGUGUGUUCACGUCAUUUGCUAUUUUUUAUUUUCCAUUCUAUAUCUUCAUAGUUUAUGAACCAUUGCUAUAUUUUCCAGAGUUCUGCAUUUCUGUUGUGCUUGGUUGGUUCAGUUAUCCAUUUAGCGUGGUGCAUCUGGAGGAGUGUGUGCUUGAGCGUGUGUUUCUAAGGAGCUGAAAUGUGAGAGAUUGGGUAAGGGACGGUGUCUGGUACACUGCUUGCUCAGAAGGCACUAGCAUGGCAUAAUGAUAUCGUCAUUCAAUGAGUUUCCAGUACAGUUAAACCUGUCAAUAUAGUAUUUAAGUAAAAGACAAUGGAGACCACUUUAGGGCCACUUUUUCCCACCAGGACUUGGAUUUUUCCUCUUGAUGGAUUCUAACAUUUCUACCAAAACACGGUCCAUUUUCUACUGCCAGAGAUUAGAAGAGGGUUUGGUUGGGAUAAUGGAACAGCUUAGAUGAUCCCUUUAAAUGUUUCUUGAAAACGUAACUGGACUCCAGCUAUAUUUUCAAAGUAGAAGGGCUGGCUUUUGUGAUGAACAAACCCAUAUCAUUUAUAUUUCCCACUAGAUGAGGGUCUUGUCUGGUCCUAAGAGUUUGCAGCGACAAAAAUACAUCUUUUUAAAAGUGGCAUGUGAUGCUACAGAACAUUAAUAUAUGAACAGCGCUAUGCUGCAUUUUUAACAAUCAAUGUGGAGCUUGUUCUAUCUGAGGCAGGGAAGAACAUCGCAAAGUUGCUGUUAUUGUAAAAGUGUUGUAUCUUUUAAAAGCAAUAUUAGAAACUGCUGUGAAACAGAAAAUUCUGAGCCUGUAUGGAGAAAGCUAAAGGGGACUUGGUCCUGCUGAUUUUAAAUAGAUCAAACGUGUUGUAUUGUGGCAAUGUUAGCUUUUUAUUUGUUGUCAUGCUACUUGCACGACUCAAACAGAAAUAAUUUUAUAGUAACUUUAUUCUCACUCUUUGUCUCCCUCUGAAGCAGAAAAUUUGUCUGGUUGGUGUUUUACUGUCUAUAUUCUAAUAGGUCAGAUUUUGCUGAAAAGCUUCUUGACUCUGAAAACCACAGGAAACCGUGAUUUGGUUAAAGUGCUGAAAUGCGUCUGUCCCCAUCAGUAGCUGAUCCUGGGCUCAGGGGAGAUUCCAUAAUUAUCAUGAUAGUGGGUGUCUGUGCUGGAAGUGGCACAUUUAGGGCAUCCACAAUUGGCAUCACACCAAAGGUAGGACAUGCCAGGUUCCCCUUGAAAAUAGAUUAUAGGCUGCCCUUAUUGGAAGGGACCACUUUCUAAAAGAUUGAAGUAACUUAGUGGUUAUUGUACUGGACCAGCAAACCUGAGAUCAUCCCAAGAUUUUACGAUCCCCCACUAGCAGGUUUGAAGGUGGGGAAGGGAUUUGUAAAGUGCAGCUAUUGCCUGCCCACUACCUUCCUGCCUGCCAACUAGUGCUCACUUAAGUGCCUCAUCCUGCCCUUGCCACUAUUUUACCUGUGGCAGGGGUGGUCCAUGUCUAUUGGAUAACCCGGCAGCUUUUACUGGGCAAACUGGUGUUAGGCUAGAGGGAGGAGCCUUCCUUGUGCAUCCCUUGCAGAGGCACCCUUCCAUAAAGUUUUAACACCCCCCACCAGGGCCUCAAACCUGGUCCCUCAUACCCCUCAUUUACCCCAGCUCCCAUUACCUCCUGUUCUUUGGGAAAUGCCUGUAGUCUCAGCAGUGGCCACAGCUCGAACAUGACACUGCUGAGAGAUGGGAAGGGUCCAAGUGUUAAAUGGCUACAGGGUAACCAGUAUCAGCAGGGUGCAUUCCCUGUUGGCUCUUUAGGAGGCUGGGUGGGAAACCCCGCUAUCUGAAAAAUCCUGCCCCAUAAGUUCAAAUCCCACCAUGGAAAGCUAUGACAAUUGAAUUUAAUAAAAAUAAUACUACUCAGGCUGGCUGACCAUGAAAGCUACUGAUUGUAGUAGAAAUCCAACUAAUUCACUGUUGACCUUUAGGAAAGUGAACUUGCCAUCUGUAGUGGGUGGAGCUGUAGGUGGGAAUUUACCAAGGCUCCUUCGACAGCACCUUCCAAACCCACGGCACUACCAUCUAGAAAGACAAGGGCAGCAGACACAUGAGAACACCACCACCUGUUCCCCUCCAAGUCACUCACCACCCUGAUUU